UAAGUGCGAAGAAUCCCCGGCUCUCGAGUCUACAGGACUUUGACAGAUAACGAUAUACCGCGGAUUAACACGCUCGGCGUAAUUUCCCUUUCCGAAGGCCGAACCUUAGUUGUCUGAUCCCCCGGGGAUUAUGGCCAGUCCGGUCGUCGGCACCGGAUACAACUUUAAAGUGGUUCUCCUAGGCGAGGGAUGUGUCGGCAAGACCUCGGUCGCCCUUCGAUACGUCGAGGACAAGUUCAAUGACAAGCAUAUCACUACGUUGCAGGCAUCAUUUUUGAAUAAGAAAUUGAAUAUCAAUGGAAAAAGAGUGAACCUGGCAAUAUGGGAUACAGCGGGACAAGAGAAGUUUCAUGCAUUAGGACCAAUUUAUUACAGAAUGUCCAAUGGUGCCAUCCUUGUUUAUGAUAUUACGGACGAAGACACUUUUCAAAAAGUAAAAAACUGGGUGAAAGAACUCAAGAAGAUGCUAGGUAGCGAAAUUUGCUUAGUGAUAGCAGGUAAUAAAGUGGACCUGGAGAAGGAUAGAAAUGUUGCCAUAGACGAAGCAGAAGAAUAUGCCAAACAGGUGGGAGCUAUGCAUUUUCACACUUCAGCCAAGUUAAAUCAGAACAUCGAAGAGAUGUUCUUAGACCUGACACGACGUAUGAUGGAACGCGCGGACGAGGCCGAGCAAAAAUCUACUCUUACAAGGACCAAUAGCACACGUCGCAAUGUUGUAAUGGUCGAGGACGAAAGCGAGCAGACGCAACCGAGUAGAAGUUCUUGCUGUGGUGGCAGUGGCAGCGGGCAGCGGCCUUUCGUAGAUCUUCGAAAGAAGAUUUACAUUCAACUUCAGACAAGGUCUAAUUUCGAAUAAUCCACGAGUUAUAUAUACGGGACGAAGCAUUUCAACAAGUCGUGACAGAUUAGUAUCUCAACAAAAGUAAAUUCUCUGUGAUAAUAAUUUGUCACAUUAUACAAAUGUUUCAUUUUUUUGUAUGCUUGUGUAUGCAUUAUGUAUGUGUGAAUGCGUGUGUAUGUCGAUAUAUAUAUUUGCGAGAAAUAUCUGUAUAUAUAUUCAUGAAUUGCCACAAUUGCUAAUUGGCUAAACUUUAGCUAAUUUCUCGACAAAA